CAGCUGUCAUGAUGUGUUCGACGAUGGUGUAUUUGUAUUACUGCAAUUCCUGAAAAUUAGUCUAAAUAUAUAAAUAAGAGUGUCUAGCUUUGAAAAUAAGCUUUAGUUAAAAUGGCGACGUUAAUUCAAUCAUACGAGCAACAGUAUUCAGUGCUUACUGCGGACAUAACUUCUAAAAUCGGACGACUGAAGUUAGGCCACGAAGAUAAUCGUGAUCAGCUGACACGGGAAAUUCAAGCAAAUUUCGAGGAAGCGAAUGAUCUUCUUGAGCAGUUGGAGCUGGAAUCUCGCGGCAGCGCCGGUUCACGUGUGGCGGCGUAUCGGGCAGAGUUACAGCGCGUUCGUGAUGAGUACCGCUCCGUUACCAACAAUGCUGGAGGGUACACUGACGGCGAGGAAAACUUCGACGACUGGACAUCAAAUGACCAGCGUCAAAAACUCCUAGACAACACAGAGCGGCUAGAACGGACAGGGAAGACGCUCACAGAGGGCUACAGGGUCGUGCUAGAGACAGAGCAGAUUGGAGCCGCUGUGCUGCAGGACUUGAGUCUGCAGAGAGAGACUAUUGAGCGGUCUAGAGGAAGGCUCCGCGAAACAGACGAGCAGCUAAACCGCUCCUCCCGCCUGAUGAACUCCAUGAUCAUGCGCGCGCUGCAAGACCGCUUCGUGCUCGUCAUGGUGUUCCUCGUGCUCGGCGUGCUGCUGUGUGUCAGCCUCUAUUUCUAUGUCACGUAGCACUGUUGGUAAGCGCUAAAGUUUAGAUAUUUGAAGUGAAAGAAGAUAUAAUUGGAAAUAAAUAGUGCUGCUCUUCAUAGUACCCUACACUCACAUUGGUCACAUCUAUAGUAACCUUAAAUAUGUACAGACACAAAAACGUCUGUAAAAUCUGACCAAGUUAACUCGGCAGCGAUUUUGACAGCACAGAGCGUGCAAGUGUUAUUUAAAACCGCAAACUUCUAGGAAAUUAUGACGUUUAAAAUAACACUUGUACAGUCUGUGCUGUCAAAAUCGCUGCCGAGUUAGCUUGGUCUGACUCUACCCAUAAGGCCUGUGCACACCGGAUGCGUGUGCGUAGACUAGUACGUGCGCAAUGUAAUAUGCAGAUAAUUAUGAGAGACGUCACACCGCUUGCGUGACAUGUGCGUGUACAGCUCCAACGUUUCUCCAGUAACUUCCUGCCUCGCAUAGCUAAACUGUGGAAUGAACUGUCGCUUGCGGUAUUUCCGAACCGAUACGACCUUCAAACCUUCAAGAAAAGAGCGUACUCCUAUCUCAAAUUCCGGCAGCGCACUUACAAACCCUCUGGCACUCUGGUGUUGCGGUUGUGCAUAGGCGACGGUAGUCACUUACCAUUAGGUGAUUCAUCUGCUCAUUUGCCUACUGUAUCAUUAAAAAAAAAAAACAUUUAAGAGCACGCGCACGACGCACGUCUACGCACACAGCCGGAGUGCUCUGACCUUUUAUGCUGGCUACAGUCUACACACGUAACUAUAUAUCGUAGCAAUUUCAGACUGUGCAGAUAAAUCGAAGGUCUAAUAUAAAUUGAAACUGCCACCGAUGAACGCUAAUCUACAACGAUUUUGGAUACACACGAUCCAUAAAUCUGCGCAGAUCGGUUUGCACAGAUGAAUCGCUACGAUAUAUAGUAUAGUUACGUGUGGAGCCGGCAUUAGAUGUAGAAAGUGUUCUGGGCGGCGCGUAUUUUGAAUAUGUUUAGAUUACAUUUUUUUGCCAUUCCUAAUGAAUUGUUUGUUGAUUUUCUUUGAACAGUCUAUGCUAAAAGAGGUGACUCAAAAAUAUCGUGGUAACAAUAGAGUUGGUUAAUGUGGCCCUAGUGAAAAAGGGUACAAGUCUCGCGCAGCUAAGGUGUAAAAGGGCAUAAAUGUUACGUGGAACUUACACCCUUUUACGCCUGCGCUGCCCUCGGGCAAGUUUCGACUAGUACCCUUAUUCCCUAAGGCCGCAGGUUUCAACAUAUUACUGUACCCCUAGUGUACAUUUAUUCGAUAGCGAAACGUGACGUACGCGUUUGCGUUAAGUCGCAUUUUGUAUGGGAUUUCGAUUUUCCAUAACGUCCCGCUUGGCGCGGUGUUUCUAAAUCCACAUGGUACAAAAUGAGACUUAACGCAAACGCGUAGGUCACGUCACGCUAUCGAAUAAAUUUACACUAGGGGUUCUGAGCGUGUUAGGUAAGUUUUGGCUAAAAAAACUGUUUUUUUUAGUGCAAAAAAGCAUAUUAUUCCGAUUUCGAAAAAGCGAGAUGUUAGUGAUAUUUAUUUCAUAUCUCGUAAAUAAUUCUGUUCUUAUAAUAGCUUUAUUUAUUCCUGGUUUCUAAGAGUGAAUGUAAAUGACGUCUAUAUGUAAUUAUGUAUAUGAAUCAUAUAACUGAGUUAUUAUUUAUAUGAGCCAUUUAUUGGCGUUGUAUAUAGUUAGCAAAUAUGUUUAAAAAUAUUAAGUAUUAAAUUGCUUAGAAACUUG